AUGGCUUUCAAAAUCGCCCUCAUUUUCGCCACCCUGGCCUACGUCAGCGCCGGUGCCGUCGAUUCCGGUAUCCACCACUCCAACCUCCCGGUGGCCAUUGGUUACAACCAGCACCCACAACUGCACCACGGUCACCAGGCCAUCUCGUACGCUGACCACACCCAGGGACACCUCAACGCGUACGCCCCUCACUCGUACGCCGGAGUUCCAGCUCAGGUCUACUCGGCCCCAAUCACCAAGGCAUUUGCCGUUCCAGCCGCCACUGCUGGUCAUGGUUAUGCCCACACCGUGUCCCACGGUCAGAACUACGGAUAUUCCGGCCAUGGAUACAACUUCGCCGCUGCUCUGCCCCAGGUUCAGAACUACGGAUAUGCCGGAUACGGACAUGCCGCCACCCCGCUGACCACCUACGGUCACCAUGAAGUCGUGGCUCCGGUUGUGGCUGACCAUACUGCCUACGUCCAUGGAGGUCAUGUUGCGUACAACAAACAUGCUGCUGGUCACUACGUUCACUAA